AAAAGGUUAACAUCCACCUAGUGCUUAACCCCCUUGUGUGUGGGUGCAUCAGCUGCAGGCAGCACUACUACACAUAGACACACAUCCCAUUCUGCUACUAGUGCUGUGCCCUUUUGCCCCUGUUGUCUUCUCCCCCAAAUCGCUCUCUUUUUCUUGGUGCUGCUGCUGCACGAAGCCCUCCACCUCGUUACCUCGGGAUCUCCUCCAAGGUCCGAUUUUGAUCGAUCCGCCGACGAAUUCAGGCCCUCGUCGGACCAGACCCGCCUCGCGGUUCCGCCCACUGGUGCUCGAUUCGUUUGUGAUCUCCUGGUUCUGGAUUGCAGGAAUAUAACAAAAUUUAUGCACUGAGCAGCAGCAUGCCUUGGACUCCCUUGUACUCGACUUAUUACAGCAGCCGAAAGUCUGUUCACCUUGUUGUGUUUUUCCGUGUGAUUGUGUGAGGCGGUCACAUUUACAGGAGAAUCCUUUUCUUUGUGGCUCUUUGUUCUUGACGACCUUUGGUGUGUAAAGAUUGAGAAUGUAUGUUAAGAUUGAACUUAAGAGAUUCCGUAUUGUGGAGGAGGUGGGAACAAUAGUAAUGAAUGUUAGGAUCUUUGCUUAUUAUCAGUUGAUGCAAGUGUGCCAGGCUGAGUACUUCCGUCAGUUGCUUAAGCCUGUCACGUAGUAUAAAUAGAGGAGUCGAGAUUAGUCAUUUUAUCUGCUAUUUAUCUUUCGUCUGGUAUAAAAGUCGCAACAACAAAAGCAGUGCAUUCGUGGUGGCUUCCUUUUGGUAGGGACAUACUUAGCCUCUUGUUGUUGCGAGCCGCAAACGUUUUGUAGAAUUUCUCAUUGUUUUGAGUAGUGUAGCUACUGCAUCAGAUCAGGUAGAGGUCUGUACUUAAGUGCAUCCUGUCCAAUACCAGCCGUCGACCCAUGCAGAGGGAUCCAACAGCAUUCACUGGAAACCCUUCCUUUGCUUAUGGACAUGAAGCAGAUGGUUGUAUCGCAAAUGGACCCUUGGGUGGUCAAUGCAACUACAGGGUUCCUGUUUCACCUGCCUUUGGUGCCCCUCCAGUCAUGACCACUCCUCAGCUCCGAACCUCACUCAGUGGAUUUGAGUUUCAGCCUUCCAAGGUAUGCCCCAGAAACUUCAUCAUCUUUGAUCAAACCGAUGACAAAGGGCGCAUCAUGUGUCAUCCUGCAUUGGUGAGCAAGCUAAACCCCACAGCCACCAAUGCUUUCCCUUCCUAUCCCGAGGAAAUUUGCAGAAGUUCUGGCCAGCAUAAUGGAAACCUGGAAGAAGAUUCCUCUUCCUUCAAGGAGGAUACAAGAGAAAUUGAUGCGCUGCUAAGCUCUGAUGAAGAAAGCGAUGAAGAUGACGUCAAGAGUACUGGGCGUACUCCAGACUUCUUCGAUAGUGAUUCCAUUGAUUCAUCUUCACCACUAAGGUCUAAGAAGAUGCAUCAUUCUUCUGAAAAGAGUUCGGUCUUCCAUGGAUCCAUGGACAGUGUCACUCAUGAGAGGAUGAGAAACAUGGUCACAGUUCUCAGGGGAAUAAUCCCUGGUUCUGACCAAUUGGAUACAACAUCUGUCAUAGAAGAAGCUGUUAGAUACCUGAAGUUUCUCAAGAUGGAGGCAAAGAAACUUGGCGUGGAGGUUUCAGAUAACUAGAACUGGCGACUGGUACAGUGGUGAUAGUAAAGCUCACACAUAAAUAAAAUCUGAAGACAUCAUGUAUAUAUAUAUAUAUAUAUGGUCUCUGGUAAGGCCCUUCUUGUCACCGUUACUUGAUUGGCUUUGUGUGGGUGUGGAAGGCAAGGAAGGCAGCCAGCUUUUGCUUCUUUCUGCAGGCCUCAAAAGAGGUAUUUGUUUGUGGGAUUCUGAUGCUUGAUGUCUGGUAGCAUGGUCUUGCAGCGCCUGUGAGCUUUCUCUCCCUCAUCAUGGUGUAGUACUGUGUUUAGAUCGUGGGACGAAGCCCUGGAUGAUGCACUAUGUUUUUCAGUUUCCUUUUGUGACUUAAGCACGGGAGCUCUACCUAUGCUAUGCUCAGGCUUUUAUGGCGGACGCACUACCCAGAUCAACUGUACGUCGCUCUUCUUCAAGCUCUUGUCAUAUUUGCUGCACUAGUUAAAUUAUGUACGUGCUUGCUUGGCUUGUUAAAUUUUUAUUGUGGUACCGAUUACCGAACAAGAUCAUGUUAUUGUAAAGUGUAAAAUAAAUAAACUACGAUAUGAAAUGUUGUACUUUGGGCUA